AUGGCCUCUAAACGUCACGCCGCUGAUUCCUAUAGUAAGUACAGCUUGUACUUUAACAUGUUAGAGCUUAAAAUAAGCAAGAAGGGUAUAGAGCCUGAGCACACAUACAAUAUAGAUAAGAAGGGCUUCAUAAUUAGGAAGAUUGGCAAGCAGAAACAACGCUUCUGGCAGGCCUUAGAGGAUAGCAACAGAGAGUGGGUAACGCUUAUAGCGUGCGUUGGGGCUUCUGGAGUCGCACUUCCUCCAGGCCUGAUUAUGGCUGGAGACUCCGGCAACGUCCAAGACGCAUGGGUGCGAGAUAUCAAGCAAUUGAAGCAUCGCUGCUUCGUCACAGUCACCCCAAUCAGCAACAAUGGCUGGACAAAUAACAAGCUUGGAGUUGAGUGGCUAAAGCACUUUCACGCCCAUACUAAGACUCGUUGCGUAGGUGCACGUUGCCUGCUUAUCCUUGAUGGCCACGAGAGCCACCACUCUCUUGAAUUUCAAGAGCUCUGCAAGGAGAACAAUAUCUGCACGCUCUGCAUGCCACCUUACUCAUCUCACCUGCUGCAGCCACUUGACGUUGGCUGCUUCUUGCCGUUAAAGCGCGCGUACAGCCGUAAGAUUGAGGCUCUGAUCCGCCACCACAUCAACCACAUCACCAAGCUUGAAUUUCUGCCAGCGUUCAAGGCAGCCUUUGAUCGCGCGUUCACAACAGCCAAUAUCUGCUCAGCCUUCCAAGGCGCAGGCCUUGUCCCUCUCCAUCCUGACGUUGUUUUGUCAAAGCUA